CAGCAGAUGCCAGAUUUCCUUGGCCCAUGCGCCUCUUCCAUCCCCUCGGCAGGCUGUGCAAGAACGCCCGCGGGAGCCGGAGCGAGCUGCACGCUUUCCACCAGAUCCAGCGACGGACCCGCCGGCAUCGCACCAUCUUCACAGAGGAUCAGCUGCAGGCCCUGGAGGCCCUCUUCCACCAGAACCAGUACCCAGAUGUUAUCACCAGGGAACAUCUGGCCAGCCAGAUUCACCUGAAGGAGGAAAGAGUAGAGGUUUGGUUUAAAAAUCGCCGAGCCAAGUGGCGGCACCAGAAAAGAGCAUCGGCUUCUGCGCUUCUCCUCCAAAGCACCAAGAAGACUCCAGAAGGCAACAGCUUGUAACCAGGAGCAAAGUCUGGGUUUGCUAAAUCUGGCAAACGGAGUUUCUGCACGUAACAUGGGGGUAGAGUUAGGAGCAACGGAACGGAGAGGGCUGCCCCCUCAUGCCAACCUACAUAAGAUUCCAGUUUUGCUAUUAGAAAGUGAUAAAACAUUAUUCCCUCUAGGGACACAUUCCUUUAAAGUUGCUAUGUCUGCUCAAAUUA